AUGCCUACGAUUCAAAUCGACAACCAAGCGCUGUAUUACAGCUGGAACCCGGCGGGCGACGGGCCGAUUUUGCUCCUCGUCCACGGGCUGGGGUCGAGCAAUUCGUUCUACGCAUCCAUUAUCCCAGGCUUAGUGCAAAAGGGGUAUGCGUGCCUGGCAUUUGAUACCCCAGGAAGUGCCUUGUCGACGUAUGGAGGCAGAGAAAUCGACGGAGAAGCAAUAUGUGGCGCGGCAGUAGCUCUUAUCACAGCCCUUCAGCUGGAUGUCAAGCGCGUCAUUGUUGUCGGGCAUUCCAUGGGAGCUAUAAUAGCUAGCACGAUGGCUCUUCAUUUGGGAACCUUGGGAGUUGUCCUUAUCGGGCCUGUGAAUCCCUCGGCGGCAUUGGCAGAUGUAAUGGAUGCACGCAUUAAGCUCGUCGAGAGUGAGGGGAUGGAAGGCGUAGCAAACGUCGUUCCUUUCGCAGCUACAGGCCCCAGAGCAACGGCAACACAGAAGGCCUUCGUCCGAGCCCUCUUGUUGGGUCAGACUGCAGAAGGGUACAAGUCUCUCUGUCGGAUGAUUGCAAAUGCGGGACGACCACGAUACGAGGACAUCAAGUGCCCCUUGCUCAUUAUUGCUGGUUCGCACGACAAAACUGCUCCGCUCCCAGGGUCUCGGGACAUUUUGAAUAGUUGGGGAGUUGGGCCUGGACUCAAGCGAAUUGAGAUCUUGGCUGAUGUUGGACACUGGCACUGCAUUGAGGCAGCGCCUGAAGUGGAGGAUCUGGUGGGCGCAUUUGCUGAAGGCGUUCGUGCACUUCUGCAGCAUCCCAAGCAUGAAUGA